UUUCAGAUGGUUCAACCGGAUGAUGUGCUACUCGGAAGAUACAAAAUCCGAUUUGAUAUUGGCCCAGGAAGGAUUGGACGUAUUUUCGCGGUUCUCGACCAACAAGAUCAAAGCAGAUCCAGGGUGAAAGUGAUCAAAGUGCUUCCGAUGGUUGCUGGAGAACAGUUUCUCGACGACCCGCAAACCUACAACGAGUUUGAUUUUCUCAAUCACUUGAGAGGAACCAUUGGUGUUCCCAAUAUUAUCCAGCAUUUUCAAGUUGGACGGGAAAGAGUCAUGAUGAUGGACAAGUACCUGGCAACUCUGGAGCAGUUCAGAACGCGAUGCGACGAUAGAAGAAUUUCCGAUUUGAAUAUCAUCAAAAUUGCUGUUCGCCUCGUGAACGUCUUGGAGGCAAUUCACCAAAAAGGUGUCAUUCAUCGUGACCUCAAAACGACCAAUGUGAUGAUUCGCUCAAGGGGGCAGAGUGAAGUCAACUUGGUGCUCAUUGACUAUGGCCUCUCAACUUUCAACGGAACUCCGCCCCGCGCCCUUGCGCCAGACGCAAAAUCUCCUGAAAUCAUGUUUCGCGGACACACACACGUUUCGCCAGCACUCGAAGAAGGUCUCAAAGCUGAUGCUGUCGAUGAUUUGCAAAUGUUGGCAAUCAUGCUCAUCUGGUGCUCGGCCUACCAUCCGUUUGGUCCAAUCGGGCAAGAGUCUUCUCGAAAGAAGGCGGAGUUUAUCACAAAUCCGGUCAAAUACGUGAAAGGCCGUCCAUUCUUGCGACCAUUGAUGACAGCGAUUAUGGCACAACCUCGAGGCACUCGUCCCAACUAUCAAGCUAUCCUGGAUGCAGCCGCUGGUCCAUUUCCAAUUGACGAUAUUAGAGAUUCACUUAAAACUGAAAUAUCAUUGCUCGGUGUGCGCUUUUUAUAGGUUCUCAUCAAACUCUUCAAAUCACUUGAACUGAAUUGUAAAUGUCUUCCCCAGAAGUUUUCAUCAAUGAUUUUUUGAUUAUUGUAACGUGUUUUCUUCAAACUUUUGCUAAAUGUGUUAAUUUAUUCUAUUUUCUCCUCAAUUUGUUUUAUUUUUCCAAUAUCUCAAAUAUGUCACUGAUUGAUUGUUGAAUGAAUGUAAGGAGCUCC